AUGGGGCCUACCAAGCGGCGUAAGCUGGAGCCGACGUACGUGGAGGAGCACCGGAAGCCUGAUGAGGAGAAGCAUCUCACAAUGGCCAUCACGCUGAAAGGGAGUGUCAUCACCGAGGCCAUUCUACGUGGCUUUAAGGACGUGGAGAACCGCUCUGUCAGAUUACCAGUUGGAUGGGUUGCCCUGCACACUGGAAAGGGCAAAUGUGAUGAGCUCCUGGAUCGAAUCAUGAGACGCCUCGCGCCGGGACUGCCUCCGGACGCACAGUGCCCCAAAGGCUUUGUCGUCGGAGCUGCUUGGGUGGAGAAAGCGGUGACCUUUGAUGAGCUGCGCGCCCACUUUGGUUGUAAAGAGGAAUGCAACGGUCCAACGGCGGGCGACUUGCGACAUGCGCCUCACUGCAGGUUCAGCCCACACGCGGGCGGACCCAUUUGCAACAUUUUGAGCGCCUCGGUGCGUUUGCCCACGCCGGUGCCCUGCAAUGGGGAGCUGGGCUGUUGGCGAUUGCCAGAGGAGGUGCGGAAGAAAGUCCUGAAGCAGAUGGAGGAUCUCCCAGUGUAUCACUUCCAUGAGGAAAGACCACGUGGCUGGCCACUCCCCUGGGCGCCCGAGUUGAAGCGCAGCGAUGUGUACUGGCAUCGUGACAUGGUGCCGGAGAGGAGUAAAGCGAAGUCAAAGACGCCGGUGAGGAAAGAAGAAUCCCUAUAUCGUUUUUUCCAAACUACGGAAGGCGCCAACCAGAGUUCCACUUCAACCACCCGAAACCUGGCCGCCACUGGUGAAGCGAGGUCCUCGAGCUCAACAGGCUGGUUGACGGGCACGGAAGGACUCGUAGCGCCGCUCAUUGACCUUGACUCCGAUGAGGAUCAUGACGUGAUUGCUGUGUCUGAGAGGUGGAUCCUGUCGACCAGAUGGAUCUGUGACGGCGGCACUCCCACCCGCUUUGAGUCGGCUUCAGCAGUGAACAUUUUUGUAGGCAACCUGUUGGGCGAGCGCAUUGCGCGCAAAGUCGUGCAGCGGUAUUUGCCUCCUGAAAUUGCUCAGCAAGAAACAGAAGAAGCGGAAGCACGAGAGCCAUUGAUUCUCAAGCUUUUGAGCAGUGAUCCGGCUCCGCCCCCUGCGUCGGAGCUGGCCUUCGGCUUGAGAUGCCUCAAGAACAUGGAGGAGCAGAAGACACCCACAGGCUUGGACUUCAAGAUCUCUGUGUGCUCAUCUCUUUGGACCUUGUUCCUGGCCAGUGUGGACUCCAAAGCGCCGCUCUAUGGCUAUGCCAAUCGCACCAAGAUCCUGGACAACCUUCGGUCCUGGUUGUGUCUCUUAGACGUGGAUCAUCACCGGCCGUUCUGGCGGGAAGCCAUCAGUCAAGAGGAGAGGGAUGGGGCUGAGCCCAUCGCUCAGCUCUUUGCCCAGUUGGACGUUCGUGUGGUGCUGCGUUUGUUGAUUGAAGAAGGUGCGGAGUUGAUGGAGCAGUUAGCAGCUCAGGUGGAUGGAGUGCACGUUUAUUCGCUCUUCUAUGCCAAGAUGUUGGCCCUGCUCACGCCGCGGAAGUUGAUUCCCCAGCUGCUCUUGGACGGUCGCUUGUGGUUGUGGUGGUCACGAAUUUCUGAAGGAUUGCUUCCCAAAUUUGAUUUGAUGUGGUUCAUGCCCCUGGCGCGCUUGGCGGAGCUGAGAUGGGCCAAUAAAGUGGAGGAGGCGCUGGCUGAAACCAAGAUGUCAGGGAAGGCGGAGGAGUGUUGGAAAAAUGUGGAGGAACAGCUCCCCUGGCUGAUGAAUAAAAUCUGUCGCACUCUCUGCUUGCCCUUCGGCUCACCCGCCGCAAAGGCCUUGGAUGGAAAGGAGCAGUCCUUCCCCGAUGUUGACCGCUAUCUAAUUCCGGAGGAGAUUGACACGGUUCUGAUGGGAAGCCAGUCUGCUUGGAAAGAUGUGGCUUUCUUUCUGAUCUAUACCUUGGAGCCUGAACCUCCGAGCGCCAAGGAUGGUGCCCCGUCCAUGUGGAAUUUCUUGACCUUGCUGCAGCGACGAAUGAGGCCCUUCCUCACACCUGCGACCUGUCAGGGUGAGUGGCUCUGGCACUGUGUCACUUUGCUUCACAAUCUGAUUUCUUUGUACUUCAGACGAAUCUGCAAGGAGAGGAUGUUGCCUUGCACCACUUUGCCACACAUGCUCCUGUCUGAGAAUGCAGAUCGCGCCUUCGUUGAACUCAUCAUGCCCUUGGUGCGCGACCUGAUGAUGGUCCGUGGCCCCUACGAAAUGGCCACCUCCAUGGAAAACAUCGCACGGCUCACGCAGAUCUCGGCUAUGCAUGCCACCAGCCCACCAGUGGGGUCAGAAGUGGACCCCUUCAAGACAGACUUCCAGUCCAUGGUGAUGCAAUCCACUGACCUGCUGAAUGAUCCCACCCAAUCAGCUAGGCAUGUGUCCUUGCUGAGGGUUUUCUCUUCAGUGGUGCCCGCCUUGAGCCUUCAGAUGCCCUCAGUAAUCGGUGAGUUGUUGCCCUUGGUCCUGCAGGGGAUUGAUGCAACGGAUACGCCCAAGACCAUGAGUUCCCUGAGGUUGCUCCUCUGUUUGCUGAUCAACUUGCCCUGCUUGGAUUCCAAUGAUUGGCAACUGGGAGACCAUCCGUCGCAGGAAAGCAGACUACGGUGGCCACUGCCAAAGGAGUGCAAGCUGAAAGUUGGAGAUCCGGAUUGCAGUGCCACAGGCCUCGUGUCGUCCAUGCUGCCCCCCUUUGCCAUUGAGCUGGUGGAGCGCGCCUGCGACUACGUCACACGCAUCCCCAAGCCACGGGCGGUGAAGAGUGGGAAGAUCUCCUUGGAGUUGGCAACCAUGGGCCUGCUGCAUGGAGCUUUGUGCAUCGCAGGGUCCCAAACAGACAAGGACACAUACAAGCAGAUGCUGGAUGUCCUUUGCCAAUUUCUGGGAUCGCACUUCCUUCCAGAUCAAGUGAAACCUGCUGGGCUCCUGGUCUUUGCUGUUGUGCGUGCCUGCCCCGAGAUGGCAAUCCCAGUGGUGAUGCCCCUGAUUUGCAAGAAGUUGCUGGUGCACCAGCCCAAAUCGACUGUGUUGCCACUACACGAAGCUGGGGUCUCAGAAAGUGAAGCUAAAUGGUGGCUAUCCCUCCUGUGCUCGGCCGUCCGUUGCGGUGGUGCCAGCCUAUUGCCCCACCGUCAUGAAUUGGAGAUGAUUAUGCGCGCGACCUUCCUGGAUGAGCGCGAAGCAGUGAAUAAGCUGGGUAUGAAGCUGUUACGGCGAAUUCUCUACGCGCUGACAGCUGUCUAUGUGUGCAACGACUACCGUCUUUGCAACGAUGGCGUGUGGCAGACCCUGAUGGCCUGCCGUUUGGGCAGCACCGUCCCGCCACCGGCGGGUUUGACGACCCUGGUGUGGUCUGGCGCGCAGCCUCCCUGGUGGUUCACCGAUGCCGAGUCGACCGUGAAGUGGCACAUGCCCUCCGAAGAAGAGGUCGCAUGGGCCAGAGAUCUGGUCUUUGGCGUUCUCCUUCAAGUGGGGGAGAUGUUGACCGCCACCAUGGGAAUUGCCCUUCCAGCUCUCAACAUGGCCACCAGCUCAUGGCUGGCAGGUCUUUCUACGAAUCUUCCAAGCAAGAAGAAGUUGGCUCACAGUGCAGUUCUGGGGAUCCGCUUGGCCAUGCAGAUUCUGAGAGGCACCUGUGAUUUGUGGCCGGACGAGCGCAGCAACGAGGAGCUGAAACUGCGACAGCUUCCAAGCAACUUGAAGAUUGCAGGCGACACAGCCAAGGUCAUUUUCGACUGGCUUUCCACGGUGCUUCUGUCCGCCUUCAAAACACUGGCAGCUCAGGAACAGUAUGGUUCGGUUGCGCCCACCAGUGGCAAACUGGAUCCUAUUGAUGUGUCCCGUGUGAUGAGGAAGCUGCUGAAAUGCGUCGCAGAGCUGAUCGGGGCUUUCAGCGACACGCACCCCAGUAGCUUGAGGCUCUUUCCCAGCUUGAGGCAUGUUGAGAAGCACGCUGCUGGUUUGGCAUUGCAAUCCACGUCUUUGGAGAUGCUUCACACGCACUCGCGCUGGCGGGAUCUGCCCCGUGUUUGGUGGGUGGAGCGGGUGGCGGACACCAUGGAGAACAGGGUGCACCAGCGGCGCGGAGGGCAUCGCUACCAGGGAAGACGCCGCGAGCUCAUUGAAGAGCUCACGAAGCAGAUUUUCAGCAGCGGCUUCUCUGCGGUGCGCUCGCGCGCCAUGGAGACGGUGGCCAUGGCCGUUCAGUACCAUCAAGGCUGUCGCUGGCCGUUGAUCCGCGAUGUGCUGCUGCCAGCCCUCUCGAAAGAGACCAACGCAGUGCUGCGGUGCGGAACACUCACAGGUGAUGCUGCGGACAAAGAGCAGCAGCGCUUGAAUGAUGCACUGUCUGGGCUGGCUGCAUCACUGGCUGGAGGCAUUCAAGGCUUGGUCUGGGGAGUUUGGCGCCGCGGCUUGGACGAUGCUUCCAAGUUGGGCUACGACCUCCUUGAGGCCGUUUAUGCAGCCACGCGGGUGGGGCAAAGCCAGGCGGGCGACACCAAGCGCUGCGAAGUCAAGCCCACCACCGUGGCCAAACUCAUCGAGCUGGAAAGUUUGGUUGCGCAGCCGCCUGCUCCAGCUGGGCGAAGAGAAACCGCUUUACAAGCUUGCAUGAGCAACAAGCCCGUGACUCAAGCUCAGCUAGAGCUCCUGCUGUCUACGAUCCGGGAUCAGAGCUCGGAGAUUGAGGCCUUGCGGAAACGAGUUGCUGACUUAGAGUCACGGGUCCUUGCUCUCGCUGUCGCCAGCGCCAGUGAACCUGAGGAUUUUGAAGUGGUGAGUACGGCUAAGGCCUCUUCGGUUCCGGCAGCAUCUGAAGCUGCCGCAUCCUCCCUGACUAUCUCGUCGUCGGGGAUUUCCGAGGCCCGUCGGGAAAUUGCUCGUGAAGUGGGACAGUGGUUGAAGCGCUGCCUCCUUGGUGCUCCUCGAGGACCGAGCGGGCGGGAGAAAGUGAGUUUGCAAAGCCGGCUUUAUCUUGUGUGCCGCGAUAGGCAUUUGAACGUAUUCUUUUUCACUUGGACGGAAGCGAAGCCUCUCUGCAUCGAGCGCACGGGCAUCCCCUCGGACGGCAUCUUCAUUGGGCUCCCUUCGAAAGAGGAAGCUCGCUUGGCCUUGGUGGAGGUACCAGAGUGUCCCGAGAGCUCUGGUAUCCGUGAUCACCUAGUGGUCUCGGGAGAGGAGAUUCAGUUUGACUACCUUGUGGGUGCCCUCGCCUUUGAAGCCGACAGGGCACUAUGUUCAUGCAUAGCCAUCACAGAGAUAGAUGGCGCAGUUUUGUGUGCUGUCCCAGAGUCGGUCUGGGACCGGACGAAAGCCAAGCGCAUCCUGCCCAUAGACUGUUUGCGAAAAGCUGUGAAAGUCAUGGUGCCUGGAGCCAUCGACGACGAACGAGAAAUACCCGAGCAGCAGCCCACCUUCCGUUUAUGGUGUGGCCUUUUGAAGAGCAGCUACGAGGAAAACUUUUCUGCCGAGUUCGAAGCGGUGGACUACCCCUUCCCUGUCGACUCCAUGGGCAUCCCCAAGAUUCCUUUUGCGAGGGCGCUGGUACACAUCGCCCGAGAUCAUUUCGAGUUUGCCACAGCCGACGAUGGAAGGCCUCCGCCGCUGGAUAUGGAGCAAAGGCUCCAGUCCGUCGAACAGCUGCUAGCGGACAUGAGGGUGAGCCUGGCCCGGCUGGCCCCGCCACCGCCGGGGUUGACUGGAGACGGAGGACCUCGUGCAGCUCCUUUGCCACCUCCUCCAGCAGACGUGGGAAAGCGGCAGGCAGCAGUGCCCAGCAUUCCACCCGGAAUCGAUCCGGGCGUUGCCGUGAUCCACUUGUCGAAGAUUGUCACCCGGCUUGCUGCCGAGAAGAAGUUGAAGAAGGAUCGCGCACUGGAGAGUCUUUUGGAUCGGGCCGAGUCUGGAUCAGCCUCACUUCGAGAUGGGUCCGUGGGCUCCAGCCGCAGCAAGUCAGCCGCCCUGAGGUCAUUGAGGAAGCUCCUUCAUCUCCAACCCGAGCUGAUCUACCAGGCCUUGGAGCAGCGCAUGGAGGAGGAUUGGAGCCAGAUGGGCGCCUUGCCGGGGACUUCCUCGGCGGCCAUUUCCGCCCGGGGUUGGCUGGAGCACCGCAGUCGAGUACAGAAUUUUCAAGUACCGGUUCGGGCUUGCUGGAUUUUAGGCGGUGUCUGGGAUGCUCUGCGACAAGGCAAAACCGACGAGGCCCGCGCUCGAUGUGCCUUGGGUGUCGCCUCCUUCGACCAGCAGGGUAUCGACAGGGGUUCAUGGUUGGUGGCUCAAGAAAUCAGCCUGGAGGACCCUCCUCCCUUCUCAUCCUUUGCAACUCAUCGCCCGUUGGAGAAUUGGGAGAGCCCCCACACAAAGCUGAUAGACGAGCGCUGGCUGGAGUUGUUUCUGGCAAAGUUGCGCGACAUCCACGACUAUCAGGACAAUAAGAGCAAGUUGGGCUCCUCCAGCCGGAGGACGGAGGAUCCGGCCGCCGACAAGGCGGGCCCGGAGAAGCGCGCACAGCGCCGGGCUCGGGAGAUGAAAGAUGCGGCCAUGCAUGUGCCGGGAGCCGGAGGCUAUAGGCAGAUGUGCAAGCAGAAAGUCGUGAACUUUGCCAUUUUAGCUCUCUCCUGGUUACACUUGAACCGCACCAACGCUGCACCCCCUGAGUUGAGCCUCCAGACAAAAUUGUCUCGGAAGCAGUGGGCUGUAGUUCAUAGGAUCGAAAAGCUGCUGGAUGAGAUCGCUGUGGCAGAUGCGGUGGGGCCAGCUCAGAUGGGCCGCACCGCAGCCAAAGUAGAAAGUUUGGACUCCUUGUUGGAGACCUUGCAUGGAGUGGCCCUGAGCAUGCUGCCUGAAUCAUACAAGCGGCGCCCUCACGAGCCAGGUUUUUUGAAAGUUGGCGUCUCGACAGAUGCUGGCAAAGUAGUGGGUCAUUUGAAAACAAGCCACCCCAUAGUCGCACAGGAAGUGGAGACCCCCCGGCUAUCUGUUCCCAUGGAACCUCCCGAAUUCAGACCUGGAGACCUUCUACCUCCUCAUCACCUCGCUGUCUUUGAGGACCCUUUGAAGUUCGCCAGUGACCCGCUGACAGUCAGCACGCCACCACCCAAAGUACACCUGCACGCGUCCAGGCAGCAGGCGUUUGAUCUUCUGCGUUUUCUGGAUGAACGGCAGCGACUUUCCCUGGCUCCGAAAACAGAAGUCCGCUCGAAGCAUCUGUGUGGAGUGUUCGCAUUGAUCAAAGAUCAGGACAAAGACCGCAUGAUCCUCGAUGCUCGACCUCCCAACUUGUUGGAAGAAGCCCUGACGGACUGGACGAGGACCCUGGGUUCGGUGACUGCUUUGACUCAACUAGAAUUGCGACCAGGGCACCAACUAUGGCUGAGUGGCACAGAUUUGUGUGACUACUACUAUUGCUACCGUGUGAGCAAGCGCAGAGCCCGCCGGAAUGCCCUAGCUUUUCCUUUGACACCGCAGCAAGCUUCUUUUUUGCAGUGCUUUGAUGAGUCCAUGAAAGAGCAUGAAGUUCUUUACCCCUGUUUAGCUACACUUGCUAUGGGAGACAAUCAGGCAGUGGAAUUAGGCCAAUGCGCUCACCUGCAACUGGGAUUCACAUCCACAGCAUUCGCCACGACAGAGUUGUUGACUGUUCACGGCCGGGCGCCUCGGGGGAAUGUCGCCUGUGGAGUGGUGAUAGACGACGUCCUGAUCGCUGAGCAAGUGCUGCCUGCUUCCGCUCCUGCAUACAGUGACGGUGAAGCUCGCCUCGACCGACUGUGUGAGGAGUAUCUUCAACGGGGUUUGAAACCUCACCCCAAAAAGACCUUCCGACGUGCAGAUAGAGCUGAGUGCUGGGGUGCCUUGAUUGACGGGAAGACUGGAUUAGUCCGGGCUUCUCCAAAACGUUUGGUGCCGUUGAUGUGGAUCACGAGUCGGGUUGCGCUGCUGGGAUUUGCGACUGUAGGCCUACUUCAGGUUCUGGCAGGGUCAUGGAUCUCAGUGUUGCAGGUCAGACGUCGCAUGUUGUGCUUGCUGGAACAUAUCUACUUCGCCCAGCAGGGACGUGAUCAAGAUGCCAUUAUCGCACUGUCACCUUGUGCGAUCUCAGAGUUGUGGUGCUUGGUCUCCCUUGGUCCCCUGGCGGUUACAGAUCUAUCAGCUCGCAGCCAUCGAGAGCUUUUCAUGUCUGACGCCUCGGAAGAGUUCACGGCGUCAGUGAAAUCUGAGCUGACAUGGUCCUUCGUUAAGGAGUUACAACGGCACUGUUUGGCACGCGGCACCUGGGGAAAGCUCCUGACCCCUUGGCAGCAGUGGCUAAAGUCACAUGACCAGCUUGAGAUCUCCGAGGAACUUCCUGCAGGGGUGCCUUUGGUAAGCCACCCGUUGUGGUUAGAGCUUGCUGAGGCCCUCCCUUUCAAGUUGCACCAUAAGCGGCAUUGCAAGACCAAAAAACAUAUCAACUUGCUGGAAUUGCAAAGUAUUUUAGAGCUUGAAGAAAGAUUGGCACUCCGACAUCGGGAUUGCCGCUACGUUUUGGCGGCAGAUAGUCAGGUUGCCCUGGCAGUCAUCGUAAAAGGUCGAAGCUCCAGUCCUAGCCUGAACACAUUGUUGAGGAAGAGUUUGCCCAACAUCUUGGGGAAUGGCUCACUUGCGAAUGUGGCUGACGAUCCUACCCGAGGCCAGCCGAUUCGACAGCCGCUUCGGGAGACGAUCUUUGACUUGGCGGCCUGUCUGAGAGGGGAUUUUUUAAGCUUAGAUGCUUGGCUAGGGAAGAUAGGUUUUUUGCCGGAACAGGUAGCUGCACUUCCUUUUUGUGAUGGUAGCAGUCACGACCCACAGAUUUUAAACAGCUUGCUUGUAGACCCAUUACGCCGAGUACAGAAGCCCGAGCGAAUGGCUCGGUUUGAUGAGGGCAAUACAGCGCCCUGUCAUGUUUCACCCCUUGACGGAACCGAUAACAAGAACGAUUCAAGAGAGAAGAAUGAGCCUAAUGGCCAAACCAAAAAGCAAAAGAAGAGGCCUCAAGAGAAUGAAGAAAUCGAAGAAAGGCCCAUCACCGCUGUUCCAGUUGUUUUGAAGAGGGUGACUCCGCCCUCCAAAAGACAUGUCCAUGUUGAGUCCAGCGACUCAGCUGCUGAUUGCGCUGCUGCCCCGCCUAGAGACCUGCAGCCGGCGGCCAGUCGCCGGAAGAAGCAUUGCAGAAAUGAAGCCUCGCAGCUGCCUGCGCUUUCCGCCCAAGCCAAGGAGCUCCUUGCUGCCCUACCGCCUGGACAGUUCUUGCGACCUGGUGGCAUCCGAGCUCAGACGCCUUUUGAACCUAGUCGAAGAGGUUUCUUGGACUUGUAUUCAGGGGCCGCUGGGGUGGCCAAGAGCUUGAGUAAACUUUUUGACACCUGGGUCCUUACCUUUGAUUUUUGUCAUGGGGAGGGUCAGAACCUUAUGGACCCAGCAGUGCAAACUGCCAUUCUACAGCUUAUUGACGCUGGUGCGUUGGCGCAGCGCCAGAGUGCUGCAGUUUUUCGAGAGCGGUCAACCCCGCUGUGCGAUCGAGAGAAUGCCCGGUCUACCCUCGGAAGUUAUGCUUGGAGGUUGCCAAAGCGCUUGGUCGCGCUGCAGGCCUUAAGCCUUCAAAGAUUGAGAACCAGUGGCAUCGAGCUAAGGGGAGGGGCCAUAUCGGCCUACCGGCGCGGUGAAAGCACCCAAAGUAUUUUAUGGCGGAUGCACUGGUUGGAUUGCCGGGAGGUCCAAUGCUGGGCUCCCACGCGGCCGCGAACCUCGACCGUGCCAUCCCUCCAGGACGAGUUUCACUCGGAGAAUGAUGGAGAUGUGGUGGGCACCACGCCGAAGGGAAUCGACGCGCUUCGUACCGUGUCCAAGGCGAUGGACCUGUGCGAGCGGGCGGAUUGUCACUGGCGGGCGCAGGUCAUGGCCACCACGGUGAGUUUGGCCCUGUUGAACUCCCUAGGGCCCAGUGGUUGUCCUCCAGAUUUGGCACCGCCCCUGGAAGCAGAGGUGCGAGAGAUUUGGAUGAAGUGGGGCAGAUGGUUGGUGAAGUGCAUCGAACCGAAGGGUCAACCCGGGCUUCACCUUCUGGCCGUGCAUGGCUUGCUGUUGAUCUUGAAGCAGUCGGCGAGUUCCACACACAUCCUCCAGAGCGUCCAUUUGGCAGAGCUGAAGAUGGCUCAGAAUUCCUUCUUCCAGAGCUUGUUGCAGGUCAUGCCGCCGAUUCACCAUGAGGACUUGAUGGCCACCGCAGACGACCAAAUGGGGCAGAAGAGCGAGCCAACGAGAGAUCCGGUGAAUGCCAUGACCAGCGGCGGCUUCUUUGACGUGUGGCCUCGGAUUUGGCUGAAGAAGUCCUCGAGAUCCUUCUCCAUUCGAAACGUUUUGUUCUGGCAGAGUUAUGUGAAAUUCCUGAAGGGCCAGGUGCCCCAGGACGCCCUGCUGGAGCUGGUGCGCUCGGGCGCUGAACACCUGGCCUCGCAGCCGGUGGCCGAGGCCGAGUUCCACGCGGCCUUCGCGGAGAUGGUGGCGGGGGCCUUGAGGGCGGUGAGGAAAGCGGAAGACAAGGAGCUGCGGGAUCGCUUGUGGACGGCGCUUCGGCCCUGGCUCCUCUCAGUGUUGCAGCAAAGCUCGGAGGAACGCCUGGGCGGCUGGUGCGAUGGCGUGCGCUUCAUGGUCACCGGCUGCAAGCGGCCAAAGCUGGCAGCGAUGUUCCCGAGCCAUGCAGUGGAGGAGGACAGGCUGUGGGACAUGCAAUUCCUCAUCCCGCUGUUCAACUUCGUCCUUUGUGGAGAUGGUGAGUUAGAGUGCAACACCUUGAGCUGUACACUCCCACCGAUCAAGUUCGACUACAGCUCUGAAGCCUCAGACCAGGAAGGCUCAUCCUUUGACUCGUUCAAGCGGCUGCGGCUGCUGAUGUCCCUAUUGAUUGAGCCAUCAGCAAUCACGAUCAUGGCCAACAAUGAGGAGUUUUGCAAGAAGCUGGUGGAAACCUUGGAGCUAGGACUCGGUCAUCCAUACAAGCAACUUCGAGAAGAGGUUGCAAGAGGUCUCUACUUCAUCGUUGAGGCGGCAUCGCAUGCUUCGCAAACGCUCGAAACAUCCUCUGCAGCUGGGCUGGUAGGUGUGGCCACCUCACUGGAACGUUGGUUCGCUGAGGAGGCUCGCAGACUCAGUGGACUGUUGAGAGCAGACAACGCGGCACACACCAACACCACGGCAGAGGAUGGUGCCAGACCCAAGCAUGUGGUAGAGAGUUCAGGCUUGCUAUACUUGCUGCUGCAUUCAUCCUUGACCAGAAUGAGUCAACAUCAUCUUCGAUCGUCAGCUCAUGAUUGGAUGCAAUUCAUCGCAGCUGCAGCGGCGCAUGGGGACUUUGAGCUCCGGGCAAUUGCGCCCCACGCCAUGUCUUUGUGUUGCUGUGCGCAUCCAUUGACUCCAAGCCUCGAAGAACCCAAGCUCUGGAGCCAAUUGCCCAUGGUACGGGCAUUGCAACCACUGCUCCGUGAAGGUGCCAUCGAGAAGGAGCUCGAAAAAGCAUUCUCGGCCGGCCUGAAGCCGGCCAUUGUGGCCAAUUUCUUCCUUCUACUCACAGGUGGCGAAGAAUCCUCAAGGCUCUACCAAGAGCUGCGCGUAGCAGCUGAGAGGGCUUUGGGCUUCCCGAAGCCUGAAAUUCGAUCUGCGGCCAGGAGUUCAGUGGCCAGCUUCCUCACACUUGAAGCAGAAGCUGAGCUGGUGGUCAAGCUGAAGAACCUGAAAACCUUAGCAGGUCCAGCCAUGCGCAAACCCAAUGAUGUACCACCUGAGGCUGAAGCUGUGGCAUUUUGCCAAGCUGUGAGUGCAAUGGCCUGCAUGUUGCUGGCAGCAGCUGAUUGUGGAGUGCCAAGAUGGUCGGGGCAGGCGAUUCAAGCCGUAGCACCCUAUGGCAAGACAGGAAGGCCAGGCAUCCAAGAGCUGGCAAGAAAAGAGGUGCAAUCCGCCAUCCAAGCCUUUCUGAAGCUGCAGCAAUCUAGCCAGACUGCAUGGACGGAAUGUCAGCAAAAGUUGACUCCCACACAGCUGGACCUCUUGAAUGACAACAAGGGCAAACUGUCCUACUUCUCCUGA